AUAAAUUCAGUAAAACUCGUUCCCUACCCGCAAGCCCUACAACUCCCACCCCCCUCGUAUAAAGCCAACCUUUCAUCUCAAAGGCCGAAGCCGCACUCCUCAGCCCAAGAAUCAAUCUCGCGCUCUUCCUGACUCUCUGAUCUACUCGUAGCAACCAUGUCAAAACGAAAGCAAAGGGAACCAAAGGAAGAAAACGUGACCCUUGGCCCUGCUACCCGUGAAGGAGAACAAGUUUUUGGCGUGGCUCACAUAUAUGCAUCUUUUAAUGAUACCUUUAUUCAUGUGACUGAUUUGUCUGGAAGAGAGACACUUGUUCGCAUCACUGGUGGUAUGAAGGUGAAGGCUGAUAGGGAUGAAUCUUCACCAUAUGCGGCCAUGCUUGCAGCACAGGAUGUCUCACAAAGAUGCAAGGAACUUGGCAUCACUGCUCUUCAUAUCAAGCUCCGUGCUACUGGUGGCAAUAAAACUAAGACACCUGGUCCUGGUGCUCAGUCUGCACUCCGUGCCCUUGCUCGUUCUGGAAUGAAGAUUGGUCGAAUUGAGGAUGUGACUCCAAUCCCUAGUGACAGCACAAGAAGGAAGGGUGGUAGAAGAGGGAGAAGGCUGUAGGCUUGUCUUCUCACACGCCAUCAUUCAACUUUGGGGCUGGUGAUUUGGUUGACUGGGUAUGGUCCUGGAUGGCUUUUGUUAGUAGCAACAUUUUUGUAGUUUGGACAAUGGUCGACUUUUCUUUUAUACGAAUCUUAAUGUAGAAUCAGGAGGGUGAGAAAUUAUAAAUGCAUGGCAUUUAUGUUCGGACUA